AUGUUCUGUCGAGGCGGGAGCCACUCUCUCCACAGGAGCUGCGCGUGUGGUUCGCCCGGCGCUGGAGACGUGCUGCUGAGUCUGGGGGUGUUGGCGCUGGUGUUUCUACUGGUGCUGACGGUCCUACCGGAGUUGGUGCUGCUGGAGCUGGAGCUGCUGGGGGUGUUGGCGCUGGCGGUGCUGCUGGCGCUGGUGCUUCUGAGGGUACUGGAGUUGGCGCUGUUGGAGCUAGAGGUUCUGCUGGCGCUGGUGCUGCCGCUGGAGUCGCAGUCACACUUACCGCCCGCCUCCCCUCUACCUGCUCCUUCUCCCUACACUGGUCCUACUGGAGGUCUUGCUGAGCGUCGUGAGCCUGCGUCUUCUCCCGCGUCACCUGUUCGUGCUACUCGCACUAGUGGUUGUACUGCGCGUCCGCGUCCUCCUGCGGUCCCCGGCACACACCAGAUGGCACUGCGUCCUUCCACUGCUCCUCUGCGUGUCCCUUUGCUGUCUCCUCCAGAGUCCUCUCUUCCUUCUCUUGCUGACCCGGAGUCUGACUCCCUUCGUGCUGCUAGUCCUUCGGUCACGCGCCUUCUUGCUACUGUCGUCACUGACCCUUCCUUUGAGUCUACUGCUGCGUCUGCUCUCGUUGCUGAGAUUGUUGACUUCGCUGCUCGCUGUCGUCUAGACUACGCUGCUAGUCUUGUUGCUGAGUCUGAGUCUGUCUGUCCUCCGUCCGUCGGGGGUGAGUGUGCUCUUAGCACGGACGUCCUUGAGGACAGGCAGGAAGAGUUCCAGUGCUUUGCGGCUGCUUUGCCCCAUCUCGUGUCCAUGCUGAUUGCCCCUAAGGGAGACGCGGAUGCACUAGACAUCCCGACUCCUCGAUCGUACGCUGAGGCGAUCGAGGGUCCCUACUCCUCUCAGUGGCAGUCGGCCAUGGACGCAGAGAUGGCUUUCUGGAAGGUGAAGUGGCCGCCGGGCUCUCCGCCUAUCUUCAAGGCGCGUUACGUGGCUCGAGGCUUCAGUCAGCGGAAGGGAGUUGACUACUUUCAGACCUUCUCUCCCACCCCGAAGAUGACCACUCUUCGGGUGCUGCUGCACAUAGCCGCUCAGCGCGACUACGAGCUUCACUCUCUUGUCUUCAGUACUGCUUUCCUGCAGGGCAGCAUGCACGAGGAGAUCUGGCUGCGCCGUCCUCCUGGCUUCACUGGGUCGUUUCCUCUAGGCACCCAGUGGAGCCUCCGGCGGCCAGUCUACGGUCUCCGCCAGGCGCCCCGUGAGUGGCACGACACACUGAGGACUACACUUGCGGCUCUUGGGUUUGCUCCUUCUACAGCCAACCCGUCGCUGUUUCUACGCACCGACACCUCUUUGCUGCCGUUCUACAUCCUCGUGUACGUCGACGACCUGGUCUUUGCCACUGCUGACACUGCUGGACUCGCCCACGUGAAGUCCGAGCUGCAGAAGAGACACACGUGCACAGACCUGGGUGAACUGAGCAGCUACCUUGGCUUGCAGAUCACCCGGGACAGAGCACAGCGCACCAUUACCCUGACUUAG